GAACAGUCAUAAUUAACAUCUCUGCUCGUCGCAUUUUCAAUUCUUCUUUCCCUCUCCACUCUCUUCCCUUCUGUCCCCUUUCUCAAUGGCUUCGACACUCUCGAGGCCAGUGCCAGCCUGUCUGAGGCUGGUUGCAGGUCCUCGAGUUUUUCGGUCCGCUCGCUCUUCCGCUGCCGCUGCUCGCCCGCUUUACUCAAACCGCAGCCUGAGAUGCUCCAAGUUCCACACGCGCGGAGCGCUCAAUGACAAAGCCAAACUAUCCAAUCCCUCUGACUCUCAGCUGCCGAAAUCUCCUAGCCGCAGAGGUCCUUCAUUGACCGAAUACUCUGCCAACCCACCAUGCCCCGCGGGAGAAACUCCUCCGUCCGCAGAGGCGCUUGUGCCUGACGCCUUCCUCCUUCCAGACGGCACUCCGGACUACCUCCGCCUCAUCCUGACCGCGCGAGUCUACGAAGUCAUUGACGAAAGUCCCCUGAGCCACGCAGUCAACAUUAGCAACCGGCUGGGCUGCGACGUCCAUCUCAAGCGGGAAGAUCUGCUUCCCGUAUUCAGUUUCAAGCUGCGCGGCGCAUACAACAAGAUGGCCCACCUCAGCCCCGAAGAGCGCGAACGCGGCGUUGUGGCCUGCUCCGCCGGCAACCACGCACAAGGCGUCGCAUUCUCGUCACGCCAUCUCAAGAUCCCCUCGACUAUCGUCAUGCCGUCCGGCACACCGAGCAUCAAGCACCAGAACGUGACGCGGCUGGGGGGCAAAGUCGUGCUCUUCGGCCCCGACUUUGACUCUGCCAAGGAAGAAUGCUCGCGGCUCGAGAAACUCGAAGGCCUGACCAACAUCCCGCCGUUUGACGACCCCUACGUGAUUGCCGGCCAGGGCACCAUCGGUAUGGAAAUCCUGCGGCAAAGCAAGAUUGAAAACCUCGAAGCCGUCUUUUGCGGCAUUGGCGGCGGCGGCCUCAUCGCGGGGAUCGGGACCUACCUGAAGCGCAUCGCGCCGCACGUCAAGAUCAUCGGCGUCGAGACGUACGACGCCAACGCCAUGGUGCAGUCCCUGCAAGAAGGCAAGCGCGUGACGCUCAAAGACGUGGGGCUCUUCGCCGACGGCGCGGCCGUCAAGUCCGUCGGCGCCGAGAACUUCCGCCUGUGCAACGACGUCGUCGACGAAGUCAUCCAGGUCUCGACCGACGAAGUCUGCGCCGCCAUCAAGGACGUCUUCAUGGACACGCGCUCCAUCGUCGAGCCCGCGGGCGCCCUGUCCCUCGCCGGCCUCAAGAAAUACGUCGCCAAAUACCCGUCCUCGAACCAGAACCGGUCCCUCGUGGCCGUCACCUCCGGCGCCAACAUGAACUUUGACCGGCUCGGCUUCGUCGCCGAGCGCGCCGCCCUCGGCGAGCAACGCGAGGCUCUCCUCUCCGUCAACAUCCCCGAACGGCCCGGCGCCUUCGCCGAGCUCGUCAAAGCCGUCCUCCCCAACGCCGUCACCGAGUUCUCCUACCGCUACGCCACCCCGGACUCGGCCAACGUCCUCAUGGGCAUCUCCCUGCGCAGCGCCGCCUCGCGCGAAUCAGACCUCGCCUCCCUCUUCGACCGCCUCUCCACCAGCGGCAUGACCGCCGUCGACCUGAGCGGCGACGAGCUCGCCAAGACUCACGUCCGCUACCUCGUCGGUGGCCGCAGCGCUGUCUCCCACGAGCGGCUCUACACCUUUGAGUUCCCCGAACGACCCGGCGCCCUGGCCAAAUUCCUCACCACCCUCCGUCCGGGCUUCAAUAUCUCCUUGUUCCAUUACCGCAACCACGGCGGCGAUGUCGGCAAGGUCGUCGCGGGCAUCCAGUGCCCCGAUGAGGAAUUGCCCCAGUUGGAGGAUUUCCUCAGAGACCUGCAGUAUCCGUUUGUCGACGAGACGGAGAAUCUGACCUACCAGCGUUUCCUGCGGGAUUAGCUUUUUAGUCCUAUUGAGGCAACUAUUGAGGCAAGACCGUAGACUCGAUUCAGAGCUCCUCCAUGGAUCAUGAGCAAUCAUGAGUUCCUAUGAACACACAAAAAACAAACCAAAAUAAGCAUGGGCGUUCCACAGGCGUUUCUUCUUCACACCAAAAACUUACAUUUGAAUUGCAAAUUGCAUCGAACUUCAUCUCAUUGCCCAUUUUUCAUUUCCCAUUUCACAUUUCCCAACGUCUAAACAAUUUUCUACAAGUAGUACAAGUACUGUAUAUAUAUCCUAUAUCCUAACAAUACAUCACAUCACACAC